CCAGAAGGUCGCGCGCGGGCCCCCGCCAGUCAGGUGGGCGCCAGGUCCUGGCUGUGGCGAAAGUACCGGCUGAGCCGGAGACCCGCUGCCGGAGACGCCGCCUCGCGAUCCCCGCGCGGGCGGGACCGGGCGGCCGGCGUCAUGACCCUGUUUCACUUCGGGAACUGCUUCGCUCUCGCUUACUUCCCCUACUUCAUCACCUACAAGUGCAGCGGCCUGUCCGAGUACAACGCCUUCUGGAAAUGCGUCCAGGCUGGAGUCACCUACCUCUUUGUCCAACUCUGCAAGGAGCAGCACCUUCAGACCUGACUCAGAUGCCCUGUGAUCACCCAGAACUCAAACUUCCAGCCCCCUCGGGGACCCGGAUGCUGUUCUUGGCCACUUUCUUUCCCACCUGGGAAGGCGGCAUCUAUGACUUCAUUGGGGAGUUCAUGAAGGCCAGCGUGGAUGUGGCAGACCUGAUAGGUCUAAACCUUGUCAUGUCCCGGAAUGCCGGCAAGGGGGAGUACAAGAUCAUGGUUGCCGCCCUGGGCUGGGCCACCGCGGAGCUUAUUAUGUCCCGCUGCAUUCCCCUAUGGGUCGGAGCCCGGGGCAUUGAGUUUGACUGGAAGUACAUCCAGAUGAGCAUAGACUCCAACAUCAGUCUGGUCCAUUACAUCGUCGCAUCUGCUCAGGUCUGGAUGAUAACACGCUAUGAUCUGUACCACACUUUCCGGCCGGCUGUCCUCCUGCUGAUGUUCCUCAGUGUCUACAAGGCCUUCGUUAUGGAGACCUUCGUCCACCUCUGCUCACUGGGCAGCUGGACAGCCCUACUGGCCCGAGCAGUGGUAACGGGGCUGCUGGCCCUUAGCACCUUGGCCCUGUAUGUCGCCGUUGUCAAUGUGCACUCCUAGACUUGGUGUCUCAGAUAUUGAUGGACCCUUUCCCUGCCUCGCUUCAGGUUUUAGUGAAGUAAAUAGUAUUUGGAAAGUUG